GCUUUGCGCACUUUGUCAAGUAUCAUUUUGUUGGCCGGCCUGGUUGGAGCAAGAUUUUUUAUAUUGGAAGCCAUUAUUAAUCAGACCUGCUGUCAAAUACACUGCUAUAAUGCAGUACAAUAACGUUUAUCAAAAUAAUACUGUACCUAGAUCUGAUAGAGGCAAUGACCAUCACUUCAACAAGCAACAGCAACAGUCCAAUUAUUGGUGUGGACCCCCGCAUGUUAUGGCAGCUGUGCAAGAUUUCGGAGGCCCAAAACAGCAAUACAAAAAGAAACAGAAGCCGGAAAAUACUUUGCAGUUAAGUGUACCAAUGUGGCAUCAACAAGACUUAAAACCAUUUAGGAAAAACUUCUAUGAAUUACAUCAUACGGCUUUAACUAGGACACAAACUGAUGUAGAUAAUUACAGAACUAAGAUGGAUAUUAUUGUCCGAGGUAAUGAUAUCCCUCAACCAAAUUUUUGUUUUGAAGAAGGCAGUUUUCCUGAAUACAUUAUGCAAGUUCUAUUGAAACAAGGAUUCAAUGAACCCACCGCUAUUCAGUCACAAGGCUGGCCUGUCGUCCUUUCGGGAAGAGAUUUGGUGGGUAUUGCUCAAACUGGUUCUGGAAAGACAUUAGCAUAUAUGAUACCCGCGGCGGUUCAUAUCAACAACCAACAGAGACCACAGCGAGGUGAAGGUCCUAUUGCACUCAUUCUUGCUCCAACUAGGGAAUUGGCUCAACAAAUCCAAAAAGUAGCACAUGAGUUUGGUACUAGUACAAUGAUUCGUAAUACUUGUAUAUUCGGGGGCUCCCCUAAAGGACCUCAAGCAAGAGAUCUUGAAAGAGGUGUGGAAAUUGUGAUAGCGACUCCCGGUAGAUUGAUAGAUUUUUUGGAAAAAGGUACCACGAAUUUAUCAAAGUGUACUUAUUUGGUGUUGGACGAAGCAGAUAGGAUGUUGGAUAUGGGUUUUGAACCUCAAAUUAGAAAAAUCAUUCAACAAAUUAGGCCGGAUAGACAAGUUUUGAUGUGGUCUGCCACUUGGCCUAAACAAGUUCAGGCUCUUGCUGAAGAGUUUUUGGAAAAUUAUGUACAAGUAAAUGUUGGAGGUUUGUCAUUAGCUGCCAAUCACAAUAUAAAACAAAUUGUAGAUGUGUGUGAUGACUCAGAAAAAGAAGACAAAUUGAUUAAACUCUUGAAAGAAAUUGGAUCAGAUAGACAAAACAAGAUCAUUAUUUUUGUAGAAACUAAGAAGAAGGUGGACGACAUAACAAAAAUUGUUAAAAAAGAAGUGUAUUUUUCAGGUUUAUCUGCUAUUUCUAUGCAUGGAGAUAAAUCACAACCUGAACGUGAUUACGUAUUAAAUGAGUUUCGAUCUGGAAAGUCUUCUAUAUUAGUUGCGACUGAUGUAGCUGCUAGAGGCUUAGAUGUUGAAGAUGUCAAGUAUGUUAUAAACUUUGAUUAUCCCAAUUCCAGUGAAGAUUAUGUCCAUCGUAUUGGAAGAACUGGUCGUUGUCAACAAGCAGGUACUGCAUAUGCUUUCUUCACACAAAACAACCAACGACAAGCUAAAGAUCUAAUUGCUGUACUGGAAGAAGCAGGGCAAGCAGUCAACCCCAAACUUAUGGAAUUAGCACAACAAGCCAAAAAUUCCAAUCAGAAACAACACCGUUGGCAAAACCGCAACAAAGACAAUUCAUCACCAAGUAGCCAGAAUUCAAUGGGAAAAGUUAAGACUUGGACCAAUUCCAAAACUUUUGUUAACGGAGAAUUUAAACAAAACAAUGGACCUAGAUCAAAUAAUAAUUCAUUUAGGAAUGAUGGAAUGCAAAGAACUCAAAGAAACAACUACAAUAAUUAUUCUCACUAUCAAAAUGGACAAAUGUACCAACCGUCAUAUAGUCCCAAUAGUAUGUAUCAACAACAGCAACAACAGCAACAGCAGCAGCAACCACAUCAACAACAGAUGUUGGGUAACGGAACACAAAGAAAUUAUGGUAAGGAAUUUUAUGGUGGCUCCGUUUUAUUUGAUUCUGACAGACAUUACGAAUCUCCCAAGGAAUUUAUUUGUAAUAAUUCUCGUUCAUAUGGAAAUCAACGCUACAACGAUCGCCAAUCUUACCAAGCUCCUCAAACCAACAUGUACACGAUACCAACACCAUACAUGAUGCAAUCUCCCGCUGCAGAUGGUAUGCAAUCAAUAAUCAACCAUAAAUUUUUCCAAAGCCGAGGAUUGCCUGCUACAACCAAUCCUUGCGCAUAUCAAUCGAUGGGUCAAAGUCAACCUACUGCGGCCUACAAUCAAUACGCAGGUGGUGUACCAUAUGCAACUUAUCAAUACACACAGCCCCCUACUGCCGCCGUGCAGCAGUAAUUAUUUUUAUUUUGUUUAAAUAUUUUCAUAAAUUUUUAUUAAUAUUGGUUAGUCUGUGGUGACAUCGGAAGAUAAUAUUUAAACGUGAAUAAAUUAUUGUGAAAUGGUUAAAUAUCUAUAUAUAUAUCGGAAAUUUAUCACGAUUAGAGUGACUAUUUUUUACUAUUUAUGGUUAAUCUAAAAUCUUAUAAUACGAAUUUUUUUCUAUUGCCAAAAUUUUUAUUCAUGUUUAAACAUUAAUCGCAGACUGGUAGCAUAAUACUAGCACGUCGGAAGUCUCUUCCUAAGUUUAACUGCUUGUAAUUAGAAAUUUCGGUGAUCUUUCAUUUGAUUUUACAAGAAAUAUAUUUUCCGGUUUUAAACCGUACGAAUUUUUUUUUAUAUUAUAAAUUUUCAGUUCUAAAGUUUGAUAUUUGCAUCAUGAAACAUUGAAAAUAUGGAAAGUUUAUAAAAAUGAGAACUAUUUGCUUUUUUGUACAAAUAUACAUAUAAAGAAAAAAAUCAUUUACGUUGGAAAAUUAACGUGGAAAAGGUUAAAUACUGAAAACUUGAAAUGUUCAUAAUGGAUUUUAGUGUUUACCAAAGAAACGUACUCGAUAUUUAACCGACGUGGUGGUAUAUUUUCAGUGUUAGUUCUAUCGUUCCCUUGAACCCCUUAAGAGGCUCUCCGUCUAGCUGUUUGUUUGCUGCUACGGUAACGACAUUAUGCCUUUCCCUGCUGAUGUUGGCCGUUCAGCAGUCGAUGUUUAUAUAUCUUAAGAACUGGAUUUCAGUAAUAACGGAUUAGUUUUUCAAUUUACAAGAUUGGUUAUUAUAUUCAUUUUUGUACUUCAUACUCAAAAUAUUAAAGUAUCUGCCUUCCUUUUCUCGAAAAUAAAGGGAUUAUUAGAAAUGUCAUUUUUAUCAGUAAAUUCGAAAAAAAUUUCAUCGAAUAGUUAAGACUAAUUUCAUCUGAAGCAAAUCGACCAGGAAAGUAAUUAUUCUGGAAGUAUAGGAAACAUGAAUAAGUGUCCACAUCUUUUAAUAAUUAUUAAACAGAAAAAUAUUAUCGAUUCUAUAGUUACAAUGUUCGUUAUUAUGGGAAUCCACUAAAUUAGUAUGUACUUAGUGUGAGUUGUUAGCUAUUAGUAAACAGUAAAUUCUCUGUAUGCUGUUGAAAUGCACGAAACGUAUAGAAGGGGAGUUUUGGGCUUAUUUUGUUAUAGUAUUUUAUACAAUAUUGAUGCUUCUUUGUAUCAAACAGAACUAGUUGAUAUAAAGAUUAAAAAAAAGAGUUAAAUAGAUAAAAGCAGUCAAAACUUUAUAUUUCGUAUUUAAUAGGAUUGUGAUAUUUACUUAUUCCUAGGGACAUUAAAUUUUUUAUUGAAAACUAUUUAUAGUAACUACUAACUCCGGAAAUAGUAGAAUCGAGCCGGAUUAAAAGAGUCAUUAAAACAGGGUAUAGUACAUUUUUCCUCUCUACUUUUACACUGUGAUCGUUACACUAACAAAAUAAUGUUUAAAUACUGAAUUACUAUAUUAUAUUGUCCCAGAAAAUUUAAAUACAAAUAUAUAUUUUAAUUUAUUCGGUAAAUCAAUUAUAACUAAACUUGUGAUUUAUUUCUGUUUAUUGAUAUUUAAAUAUUUCAUUGUAAAAUUUUUCGACUCCGAAACUGGUUUGAAUUUAUUUUCUAUAUUAAAUAAUACAUUAUUCCUCUUUAACUAGAUCUUUUUAAUUAAUUGAUUGGAGUGAUUUUUGAGCUGCUAAAGCUUGCAGAAUUGAGAUUUGGUGACUCUAAUCUAAUUAUUUCAAAUUUUGAUUACUGUCCAAAUGUCAUGUGAAAUUAGAUAAUAGACAAAUCUCUGAGGUUUGUGUUAUAUGCCUUUUUAAAGCUAGUAUAGACUGGGAUACAACAUUUUUUGUUAGAAACAUCAGCUUGUAUCUGAUACAAUGUUAAGCAUCCACACUAAGAUCAGUGUUGUUCCAAAAAUUGAAAUUUCUGCUGAUGCAUAUGAUGAGAAAAAAGGAGGUGAUACACGGAUAUCCCGUCAACUUUUGCGAAUUGGUGGGAUACAUGGUGGCAACAUGUUGCCAAUAUCUCUGUAUUAGCCUUUACUUACAAUUUUGGACAACUAAUAAUUUAAAGACUAUUAUAAUUUAGUGCUAUAAUAGUGUUUUCACCAUAGCAUUGUGAUUUGGUAAAUUAGUGGUAAAUCAGUUGAUUCGAAUUUAAGAUAUUACUAUCCGAAUGUCACGCUAAAGUAAAAUAUUUAUGAUACACACACAAAUAUCUCUGGUUUAUGUAUCUUCAAUAUUUAAAACUAUCAGUAAUUUUGUUAUGAUUGGUAGUAACUUAAUGUACAAAUGGAACAGUGAAAUAUGAGUAAGAUCUAUACCAGUUUUGGGGCUAUGAAAAGAAUCACAAUGUUGUAGUUAUUAUUGGUUUACUAAGAGAUUGUAUUUAAAAAAAUUGCAAUAUGGCAAUAGCUUUUGAAGUAUGGAUGUUUGACUGUGCUAAUUAAGCCGGAGUGAGAGAGUUGUUACGAUUUUUAAAAUAGUAAGCGUCGGGUGCUAGUGACUCUCGAUCGAUUUUUUGAUUUUUUUUAUAUUACGGAUCUUGACAUGACUGCUUGUGUCGUGUAAAUAUUUGUAGUAUUAAGUAUAUUUAACUCGUUCGUCGUUUAGCGUGGUGCUUUAAAGCGCGCACGUCCAUCUGUGAUAUUUUAGCGUGUAAAGGUAGCAAAAGAAUAAUAUAACUUUUUCCGAAUCGGGAGAAGCGCCCAGAUAAAGCGUCGAUAAAAUAGAUCAGUCAAUUUUGAUGUUUAUAGUUUGUUGGAACUAUAAUAAUAUAAGGUGCCAGUUGUCGAGAAUUUCUAAUUUUUAAAUUAUUUACUUUGAAAGAUCAAUCUAAUAUCGGUUUCAAUAAUUCUUGUCACUUUAGUUGUCGCAAUACUGAAAGAUCUUGGAAAGUUGUUUUCGAUGUCUGCCAAAUGUUUAGUUUCCACCAAGCGGACAGGACGAAAACAAAACAUGAACAUGAACAGAAAUUUCGAACAGUUUUGUUUUGAAAAGGUUUUAACACUGUUGUGGGUCCCCAAAGUACUGCGUGUUUACACCAGUCACAAACAGAAAUUAAUAAAAACUCUUUGUUUUAAAUUUGAUUCAGUUUAAAGAGACAUCGGACACCAGUGGGGAAAGUGUGCCGCGCAGUAAAUUUGAGAAAACAAGAUGACGAGGAUUUAUUUUUUCUAGGAGUUACAUAUUUCAUGAUAAAAAAGUGAAUGUCGGCUUUGAAGUAGGCCAUCUUUAAGACAAAUAGGAGGAAAUAUCACAUCUAAACUACUUCAAGAUCUUGGAGAAGAUAAAAGUAUCAGAGAUGAAGUUUUAAGAACUUUUUAAGAAUGUCGAGCACAUAUUUUGAUGAUCUGAUGCAUUUAUUUGGCCUAUCAUUAGCAAGAACAACACCAUCAAAUUAUAGCUCAUUUAGGACGAAAGGGAGAAGCUGCUGCAAACUUUUUAUAAUUACGUCUUAUCGAUAUUGCGAAUUUAUGUUGACUCAACUUUAACGGUGGAAAGCAUCCUUUUUCUUCAUUCUGUUUUUGUAGUUUGUGUGACGUUCCACUGUAGAUCAGUAAAAUGAAUUUAUUAUCAAUAUUAUAUAUCUUAUAGUCUUCUAUUUAUUUAAUUUUUGCAUUUUCUUUAUCUGUUUAAAAUCACAUUUUCCGACUCUGAGCACCAAAAGUUUUCCAACAAAUACGUUUAAUAAAAUUUAGUACCUAGUGACUGAUGUAAAAGCAAUGUGAUUUACAUUGGAUGGAAUGUGAUAUUUUCUAUUAAGACUGAAAUAACUGUAUAUUUUUUUUAUACUGAACGGUUACUAAGUAAAACAUGUGAAUUCAACUUGUUUUAUUUAGAUCGUGUUUUUGUUGAAUUAGAAAAAUAUAGAAGAGCGAUUCUCUAAAAUCGGAUUAUGUGCAAAUCGAAAAAAUAAUAUGCACAAAAAGAAAGUUAUUCCAUUAUUCUAUAAUGUUAUCAAGUUGCGCCAUUGCAUAGUAACGAUUGACGAUUUUAUAUAAGAUUUUUGAUAUUUUCUUUUAAUUUUUUUCCAGUCGGUAAUAUAAUUAUAUAUUCUGGAAUGUAAAAAUCUCGAAGAUACCUCGUAAUUAUUAGGUGUAGACCAGAACUGCAUUAAAAUCUAAUAGUAAUUUAUUGAUACGCGCGAGUUCCGGUCAGUAUUAGUACAUAGUAUUAUCAGAGAUCGGGGUAAGGUUUCUACCCUUUUAAAAAAAACGAAGUUUUAGUUGAAAUAGAUAUAACACGAUAUUUUAUUGACAAUUCAUAAUACCAAAUUUGAUGUCUGUAUUAAUAACUAUUUUGUUAUAUUUUGGAUAAGAAAAAGAGAAGUUGAUCAAUAGAGCGGUUUUGAUACGCAUUACACUUGGCAUUGCGUCCCCUUAUCACUACACCAUUACUGCUAAGUUUUAAUCAUUUCUUUUUGCCAGUUUUGGUUACCCAUAAUUUUAUUUUAGAAUCUGCUUCCAUUUUCUCCAACUUCAUAAGAAUCUAAAGCAAUUACAUAAUUUUAUAGGCACUGUCAAAGUUUUCGAAAAAUUGCUCGCUUUUUCUGGAAAAAAAUACCCUCGAGAAAUUGCUUGAAUUUUUGAAAUGAUCAAAAUAGUGAUCAAACUUUUGUGAGUUUGCUUGGAUUUUCUAUCAAACAAAUUGCUCGAAUUACGUAACCAUCUACUGUGCACUGACAACAAUUCAUUGUUUAAUUCUUUAAAUUAACGCCCUUAUGGCGAUACCAAAACUCUUUUUAUUUCCGUACUUACAUUGAGUUUGUUAAUAUGAACAUCUUAUAAUAUUAUGAGUUAUAAAAAUUAUUAAUGUUUUUCCAUCGCUCAAUUUUCACGUAAAUCUACCAGCGUUGACGAUAUUUGCAUAAAAA